AUGGAGGCGUACCUCACGCAGGUGCGCAGGAUGGAGAAGCUAUUCUUGGGCCUGGAACUGCAGCAUGUGCCAUGCGGCACAAACAAGGAAGCCGAUGAGAUCGCCAAGAGGGCGUCAAGGCGUCAGCCCCAAGAGCCCGGUGUCUUCGAGGAGCGACUCUUCAAGCCCUCAGUGGCCCCUUCGGUCGCAGAGCCUGCACUGCCUCAGGAGGAACUUCCCCCGCCACCAGCCUCGGGAGCCCCCGCCCGUGGCCUGACCUCAGGAGCGCGCCUGCUCCUGGCGCUCGAGCCUCAGGAGGGGUGCUGGACCCAGGAAUUCAGGGCAUACUUGAUGCAAGGAACACUUCCGGAGAAGGAGGAGGACGCGGAGCGCGUGGCCUGA